AUGUUGUGCGCACUCAACGCGCCCGCUGGCGCCGACCCGCGCCUGAGUUCGCGCGCCUCACCCGCACUCCGCCAUGCCCCGCACGCGCACACACGCGUCGCGCUCCGGCCGUCCGCUGGCCACGCCCUACGCACAUGCUACGUGCCCCGCCGCGGUCCUGCUAGCUCCAUCGCCGCAGCCUGCCCCGACCUCCUCUGCUGUGCGCACGCGCGCCCACCGCACCCACGCGCGGUUCGGAUGACCUCCCCCGCUCGUGCCCCUCGCCUCGCAGCCCCGCCUCCACCGCUUCCCGCGUUGACCGCGUCCCGCUCGCUGCCGCACGUCGUGACCACCCCUGGUCACGCCCUCACCUGCGCGGCCCCUCUGCGUCAUGCGCCGCCAUUUCUCGCUGCUCCCGCCGCCCGCCUACGCUCGCCCAGCCGCAACCCCGCCUCCACCGCUGCUCGCUGGCGCUUCCCUGCCGCUGGCUCGGCCCCGCACUGGCCGCACCACCCCUCCCGCUUCGCCCUUCACCGCCGGCCCCAGGCCACCGGCCUCCCCCUGCUCCAGCGCCCUACCGUGGCCGCUGGCGCGCUCUAG